AUGGACACGAUAGAACGGAUAUUGUCUCGACCCGUGGCCAAACCGUACCGGUCCAAAAAGCUCGAUCCGACGGUCGAGCCAUACCUGAAUGAAAAUGGCCAUGUCGACUUCUUCCCGGGGGAUCUGGAAAACCCCAAGGAAUGGUCGACGGUGCGGCGAGGAUAUUGUACGGUGAUUGCAGUUCUGCUGGUGGUCAACGCGACGUUUGCAUCUUCCAGUCCUUCGGGAGCGCUGGUAGGCAUCGCCAGACAUUUCGACGUCUCCGAAGAGGCCGCCGGGUUGGUCAUUACCUUGUUCCUGUUGGGUUACUGUGCGGGACCUCUGAUCUUUGCACCGUUGUCUGAAUUCUACGGCCGACGAUGGGUGUUUUACACCACAUUCACUGCCUACGUAGCGUUCAAUUUCCUCUGCGCGUUUGCGCCCAACUUUGCCUCGUUGCUCAUCGGUCGCCUUCUGACGGGCACUUUUGCCAGCGCUCCUCUGACUAACGCUCCUGGAGUGUUGGCCGACCUUUGGGGACCAGUGGAAAGAGGAAAUGCCAUGGCGGUCUUCAGCAUGAUGACCUUCGUGGGUCCGGCACUGGGUCCGGUGGUUUCUGGAUUUCUGGAGUUGACAAAGGACUGGAGAUGGACAUUCUACGUUCUGUUGUGGUUGGGGGGCGCCACGGAAGUCUUGAUGUUGACCAUCCCGGAGACAUUUCCACACGCAGUUCUAACCAACAAAGCACGACGACUACGGGCGACUGGAGCCCCUGGCUGUCAGAACCUGAUGUCUCCAGCCGAAGCGCAGGGACGCAACCUGCAGGACCUGUUCAAAGUGGCCUUGGUCCGACCUUGGCAGAUCUUGUUCGAUCCGAUUUCGCUGUUGGUGGCCAUCUACGUCUCGAUCGUUUACCUUUUGCUCUACAUGCUCUUCACCAUUUAUCCCAUUGUGUUCCAGCAGAAACGAGGAUGGAAUUCCGGGGUUGGCGAACUGCCGUUGAUCGGGACGGCAAUCGGCGCAUGCAUCGGCGGCGGCAUCAUAUUCUAUGUUUCUUCACGCGACAAAAAGAAAAUCCUGGCCGGCGAGCCUCGUCGACCGGAGGAUCGGUUGCCUGUGACCAUGCUGGGAGGUGUUCUUUUCGCCGUCACCAUGUUCUGGUUCGCAUGGACUGCAGAGUACGACAGCAUUCACUGGUUUGUGCCAACCCUUGCGGGCACUUUUCUGGCCACUUCGAUCCUUUUGAUCUUUGUCGGCUUCCUCAACUACCUCACCGACACGUAUCUGAUGAUGACUGCGAGCGCCAUGGCGGCAAAUACCAUUGUUCGAUCGGCCUGCGGGGCAGCCGCGCCAUUGUUCACACAGUACAUGUUCAACGCGUUGGGUGUUGGUGGAGGAGGCUCGCUAGUUGGAGGAGUUGCAGUGCUGCUGGUUCCGAUCCCGUUCGUCUUCUACAAGUACGGUGAAGGCAUUCGAAAGAGAAGCAAAUUCGCACCGACGCCAAGUCCUAGCGACGAGGAAAAGCAGGAGCCUGAACAUCGUGGGACUGUUCCAGUUGAGACCGAGUCAAGUAGUUUGUCAGUCUCAAAUAGCGGCUGA